CGGCAGGAGGAGCGCCCGCAGCUGACACCCGAUCACUAUCAGGAGGAGCGCCCGCAGCUGGCAACCGAUCACUGUCAGGAGGAGCGCCCGCAGCUGGCACCCGAUCACUGUCAGGAGGAGCGCCCACAGCUGGCACCCGAUCACUGUCAGGAGGAGCGCCCGCAGCUGGCACCCGAUCACUGUCAGGAGGAGCGCCCGCAGCUGGCACCCGAUCACUGUCAGGAGGACCGCCCACAGCUGGCACCCGAUCACUGUCAGGAGGAGCGCCCGCAGCUGGCACCCGAUCACUGUCAGGAGGAGCGCCCGCAGCUGGCACCCGAUCACUGUCAGGAGGAGCACCCAUGCUGAAUCCAUCCCUGAAAGCAAAGAGAGGAGCGAGUAGCGUGAACGCCGGGGUAGUCAGAGAGAGACACAGCGUUCCAUCAAUACGGAAAGAGCCACAGAUGAAAUGUCGAACGCCCCAUGUGCUGAUACCAAUGAAACUGAAGAGGUCGGGGUUAAAACUUUUGGAACCUGAAAAAGUGAAGACUUUGACCUCUCGACUUCCUGUGUCAGAUGAGAAACACAACGUGGUUCUUUGUCCGACAACCAUUACCAAACAGCCGCCUAGGAGUUAUAGGCAGAACCUAUUGCCCAGAUCAUCAGUGAGACAGACCGAGUCUUCAAGGAAGAGGAUGGGAAUUACCAGCAGACGAGAGAAUAUUAUCCAGUCUGGAAGGACGAAGAUUCUGGAGGUGGAUGAAAGUACGGGAGGCCAUGAAGUGAGUCAGCAAAUGGAUCGGCUGCUUCUGGAUGAUAAAGGUUGUGAUGAAUCCAGAAGAGGUGAUAGUGAAGUAUAUAAUAGCCGACCACCACCUGUCCAGCCUGAAGGUAGCCCAGAUGAUUACAGGAACUUUGAGAAGACAGUCCAAGAUAGCCGACCUUCUCCUGUCCAGCCUGGAGGUAGCCCAGAUGAUGACAGGAACUCAGGGAAGACAGUCCAAGAUGGCCGACCUUCUCCUGUCCAGCCUGGAGGUAGCCCAGAUGAUGACAGAAACUUUGAGAAGACAGUCCAAGAUAGCCUACCUUCUCUUGUCCAGCCUGGAGGUAGCCCAGAUGAUGAGAGGAACUCAGGACAGACAGUCCAAGAUGGCCGACCUUCUCCUGUCCAGCCUGGAGGUAGCCCAGAUGAUGACAGGAACUCUGGAAAGACAGUCCAAGAUGGCCGACCUUCUCCUGUCCAGCCUGAAGGAAGCCCAGAUGAGGUUAGGAGCUCUGGCCAGACAGUCCAAGAUGGCCGACCACCACAAGUCCAAACUGAAGGUAGCUCAGAUGAUGUUAGGAGCUCUGGCCAGACAGCCCAAGAUGGCCAACCACCACCUGUCCAACCUGAAGCUAGCCCAGAUGAUGACAGGAAUUCUGGGCAGACAGUCCAAGACGAUGCUGCCAGUGCAGAAGAAUCCAGUGUACAGAAUGAUCUGAAGUCCUCACCAGUGACCGACCAUCCAGCAUCUAAACAGACAGAAGAUAUGGAGACCUUCGUCACAGAGUCUACUUUUCCGCAGACUAGAGAUGUCCAAGAGCAGCUUCCAGGACACAAGGAGUCACCUUCACAAUCUUUACCCCGAAGCCAAGAGAACCAUGUGGCAAAACUAGGUCAUCCUGAAGCUCCACCAACAGAGCAUGCCCAAUCUAGCUGUCCUGAUAUCAAUGUGGUCGAAGGUUCUUCAGAAGAACCAACCUCAGAAGCUCAAGAACAUCUUCCGUCAAGUCACGACCAUGUAAAAGACGACGGUACAGAGGCUCAUACUGCGUCACUUGUAGGCGAAAACAACACGUUGUCCAAUUCAGAAGAUGAAUUGUUGGGCAAGAAGAGCAACACCACCCCUGGGCUAAAUUCACCUGAAGAUCAAAAAAGUGCUACAGAAGUGGGAAACCAAGAAAAACCAAACCAACGUGUCUGGUCAAGAACCAAUGACAUUAUAAGACAGAGUCAAGGAGUCCUGGUACUGACAAGAAGUACGGAUGAAAAUGCUGUGUUCAUCCCCAAACUUAAGUUCGAGUUUACCCCUGAUAAUAGUAUAGACUGGAGCGUGCUGGGUCCUCCACCUCUGGGCAACAAUAAAGGAGAUCCAACCAAAAUGAAGGACCCCAGGGUUCUGGCUGCCUGUACACCUCGAGGCCCGACCUUUAGUAAGAGUCUGUUGAAGAAGAACUUCAUGUUGCCUGGUCAGGAUCUUCCAGGUGGUUCCUCAGACUCGGUCCUGAGGUUCUCCGGAGAUGUCAUAGGGAACAAUACUCAUCCUCUAGACAGAAUUGUGGAUCUCUCCAUUUCAUUUCAGGACAAAUUUGGGGAACAGGAAAUUCCAGCAGACAUUCCCAAAAUACUAUUAACUGAGGAAGACAUUGAUGAGGACUAAAUAGUACAGACGCACACUACUGAUCAGGAUAUACUCCAUGCUUUAUACUGCAGCUCCGCUUGUUUACACUGGCAGAUUCCACAAGUGCCAGGAGCUCUGUGCAUGGAACCUUUGAACCAGAGUUCCUCAUCUAGCGCAUUGCAGUAUUUUACGCAUCCAUUUAAUGGUGUUUGUACAGUUAGCGGUAUUUUCCGUACCUGCCAUAUGCUGGCGCCACUGUAGUAACUUAUCAUUAAGCUACAGGUUAAUUAUUACAGAUGCAUUCAUGAAGACUAUUAUGAAGUAUCUGGAUCAGGGUAUAUGGAUCUUUAUGUGUCAGGAUGACCUGUACAUAGUUGUAUACCUCAGUGUUUCCCAA